AUGGACAUGGUUGACCCCGGUGACGAUGGGCCACAGUUUGUAUUUAGGCUUCACCGCGAGAGGGUGUACUACAUGAAUGAAUCUAUUUUGAAGUAUAGUGGAUGUAUUAACCAUAAGAAUCUGAUAUCGGCUGGUGUUUGCCUUGGAAAAUUCACGAAGUCCAAGCAUUUUCGCCUACAUAUCACAGCAUUGCAUUACAUGGCUCACUAUUCUAAAAGCAAGGUUUGGCUGAAGUCUGGUGAACAAUCAUUUGUCUAUGGUAACAACGUUGCUAAGAAGCACAUAGGUCAAAUGAGUGAGGACAUUGAGCAAAAUGGCGGCGUAGUGGUUAUGUUUAACAAUCUUCCACUAGGUUUUGGUGUGACAUCUAAGUCAACGGAGUCUCUUAAAACAGCGCUCCCUGACGAUGUUGCAGUCUUCCAUCAGGCUGAUAUUGGUGACAAUACACACAUCGCAAUGCACGCUACAUUACCUAAAAAAAGCGCUAUUGAUAUUAAAAAGAGUAGGCGCAAAGCGCUAUCUGCGCUGAGGGCCCAUCCUAGCGUCACAGCUCCGCGCGCAAAGACAGACUCGAGUCCGCGUGAGUGUGAUAUUACCAUCCGUAACUUGAAUACGCUGGAUGGUUACAAGCGUCUGAUUGCUAGGUUGUGUACUGUGGCUACUUCUGACCCUGAAAACGGUCUCGAUGGCGUGCUUUUACUGUUCGACAUUGUAGGAUUUCGUGGCGGUGGAACUGCUGAAUUGAAGACAUUUGUAGCUAAAUUGGCAUUACGUUCACUUGUUGCUGUUGCGGUUCAUCUUAUACCUCGAAUUUCGUAUGAGUUGCUUGUCGAUACCGAGGAAGAUACGGGUGAUAAGAAGGCUGAGGGUAAUAAACGAAAGGAACCUACAAAAGCGGUUAGACCGACUGCCAGUAGUCUGGUUGAGACUGAGCGAGUUAUUUCUAAGAAGAUUGUUGAUUUGCGUGACCGACUUGUGGAUCACUGUUAUAAGGAGUUGAAAAAUGACCCUGAGUUGAUAGUGCCACUAGUGUCUAGGUUAACAUCAGCAGAUGUUAGGCCUAAUAUGAAGCUGAUAAGGCUAUGUGUUGACUGUUGUAACAAUUAUGAUGAACCUUUGGCUGCCUUGUGUGUUAAGAGUCUGCGUGACAUGCUUGAGCAGUGUUCGAUUCGUGACCUUGAGAAGACACUUAAAGUAGUGCUUAAGGGAACCAAUAUCCAUGUAGGUGUUUUACGUGGUAUUAAUGCGAUUCCUCUUGCGAAACGGCAACAUAGUUUUGAGUUGCUGAGCGAGAAUUUGCAACCUGCUGACAAGCAUGUUGAAGAGAUCCUUAGUCAUGUGAUUGCAUUUUACCUGCGUAUCCUUGCGCAAUGUACAGGUGAUAAGCUUGAAGAGUGCCUUACCGGUCUUUCUCGUUUCGGUGCACUUGUAAAUGAGGCCCUGCAGCGUGAGAUCCUGGUCAAAAUGAAGUCGAUAAUUAUCGGUGCCACAUCGUUACGUCCAUCAACCCACGUUCGUGUAUUACAGGCCGCCGCAUCACUUAGUCGAGUGUUACAAGCUAAAUCGCACUGGAUUGUUCAGGAGCUUACCCGUAUGGUACAUAAUACAGGCCCUUAUCUCUACCAAGGACAGGUGCUUCGUGAUGGUAACCAUGUUCAAUUUGCUACACCAUGUCAUAGUUGGGGUCUUGUAAGGACUGUUCAAGUUGUUACAAGUCAAGUUACUUGUGUUGGUGCAUCUUCUGACAUGGAGGAUGUUGUUCAGCUAAUUCAGCAGUUGAUAAGUCUCUGUUUGAUCUGUGACGGUGCUGUAUCGCAAGCGCUUCUUCGUGAGGUGUCUAAGGUAAUAGACCGGUUACCACAUAUUGCCAAUGUCGUUGACAUUGAUGGCAUGGUAUUUUCUGUAUUGGCUAAACGUGCUAGUAGUUUCUGGGAAAUAGGUCUCCUGUUGAAGCAUAUAGACCCCCAGGUGGUUCAUUUGUCUAAAUCUCUUAGAAGACAUGCUAUAAGUUCGGUAUCUUCGCGGCCCAAAGUCAAGGUGAAUCGUCUGUCCAAGACUGGUCCCCCGGAUAUAGCAAGUUGUGGUAGUGACGUCUAUGAUAUGCUCGUCGUUGACGAAUCUGAUUUGUUCACGCCAUAUAGACCUAAAUUAAAGUAG